AUGGCGCGGCGGCUGCGGGCGGGCAGGUGCCGGGCCGGGCAGGGCGGCGCUCCCCCGACGGGACGGGCGCUGGCGCUGCUGCUGCCGCUGUGGCUGUGCGCGGCGGGCGGCGGCGCGGCGCCGGUGUAUAACCUCAGCCUGGCAGUGGACGAGGGGCUGCCGGCCGAGACGCUGGUGGGUGACAUCCGCGCGGGACUGCCGCCGGGCUCAGACCCGCCCGGGGGCUUCCUGCUGUCGGAGGGGAGCGGCGAGUCGGCGGUGUUGGCGGACUUCCACGUCCAGCCGGAGACGGGCAUCAUCCGCACGGCGCGGCGGCUGGACCGGGAGCGGCGGGCGCGCUACAGCUUCGCGGCGGCCACGCUGCGCGGCGAGGUGGUGCAGGUGGAGAUCGCUGUCACCGACGUGAACGACCACCCGCCGCGCUUCCCGAAGGACAGUCUGCAGCUCAACAUCUCCGAGCUCAGCCCGCCCGGCACCGCUUUCCGCCUGCCGGCUGCCCGCGACCCCGACGCGGGCGGCUUCGGCACGCAGGGCUACGCGCUGCUGGAGGAGGGCGGCGCGGCGGGGGAGCCGCCGCUGUUCCAGCUGCGCUAUGUGCGGCCGGAGCCGCUGGAGCUGGUGCUGCUGCGGCGGCUGGACCGCGAACGGGCGGACGUCCACCUGCUGGUGGUGGAGGCGUGGGACGGCGGCAGCCCGCGGCGACGCGGCCGCCUGCGGGUGUCGGUGCGGGUGCUGGACGAGAACGACAACGCGCCCGCCUUCAGCCGCGGCGAGUACCGGGCGCGGCUGCGGGAGGAUGCGCCGCCGGGCACCGCCGUCUGCCGCCUGCGGGCCACCGACCCCGACCUGGGCGCCAACGGCGAGGUGCGGUACGCCAUCAAUCGCCGGCAGAGCGACCCCGACGGCUACUUCGCGGUGGAGGAGCGCAGCGGCGUCCUGCGCCUCCGCCGCCCGCUGGACCGCGAGACGCGGGCCCUGCACCGCCUGGUCGUGGAGGCGCGGGACGGCGGCGCCCAGCCCGAGGUCUCCAGCGUCCUCGUCUCCGUGGCCGUGCUGGACGUGAACGACAACCGGCCCUCCAUCCGUCUGCUCUACCUCACCGAGACCGGCGGCCCGCGGGUCUCCGAAGGGGCGCGGCCCGGCGACUACGUGGCCCGAGUCUCCGUCUCAGACGCCGACGAGGGCGGCGACGAGGAGGACGAGGAGGGCGACGGCGGCGGCAUCGCGCUGGCCCUGCUGGGCGGCGACGGCGCCUUCGCCUUGCGGACGGCCGGGGCCGGCGUCUUCUUCCUCUGCGUGGCGGGGCCGCUGGACCGCGAGAGCCGCGACCUGUACGAGCUGCGGCUGGUGGCCACGGACGGCGGCACGCCGCCGCUCUCCGCCGAGGAGCCGCUGCUGCUGCGCGUCGCCGACCUCAACGACGAGACGCCCGCGUUCCCGCAGCCCCACUACCGCGCCGCCGUCUCGGAGGCCGCCUCCCCCGGCACCGCCGUGCUCCGCCUCAGCGCCUCGGACGCCGACGAGCCGGGCUCGCCCAACGCCGAGGUGCGGUACGCGCUGGAGGGCGACGCGGCCGCCCUGGCCCUGCUGCGCAUCGACGCGCGGAGCGGCGCCGUCAGCACCCGCGCGCGCCUGGACCGGGAGCGGCAGGCGGCGCUGGAGCUGCGCGUGGUGGCGCGGGACGGCGGCGUCCCCCCGCGCGCCGCCGCGUGCCGCCUCAGCGUGCGCGUGGAGGACGCCAACGACAACGAGCCGCGCUUCGAGCGCGCCGUGUACCGAGCGCGCAUGCCCGAGCACGCCGCGCGCGGCCGCCGCCUCCUCCAGGUCAAAGCAACAGAUGCAGAUGCUGACCAGUUUGCAGAAAUUGAGUAUUCUCUUUAUGAUGGAUUUAAUUUUUAUGAAAAAUCGAAAGCUUUCCAGAUUGACCCACACACUGGUCAGAUCUUUGUGUCUCAAGACAUUGACAGAGAAGGAGAUCCAACCACUUAUGAUCUCUUAGUAAAAGCUACAGAUGGGGGUGGUCUGAGUGCCCAAGCUUUUGUUCGCAUUGAAAUAGAAGAUAUUAAUGACAAUCAGCCUGUGUUUGAACAAGACACCUAUGUGACAAGUAUCAGCAGUCACACACAGCCAGGAACAGAAAUCAUCAAUGUUGCUGCCACAGACAGAGAUUCAGGAAUAUUUGGCAUUGUCACAUAUGAACUAGUCCCAGGAGAAUUUUCUUCUUUUUUCACAGUGGAUUCAUCCACAGGAAUUAUUUACCUGACCUCAGCUCUUGGCCACCUGGCACAUUCUGCAUUCUUCCUGACUGUUUCUGCACGGGAUGGGGGUGGCCUUCCCUCUGCCAGCAAUGCAGCUGUCACAGUAAAUGUCCUUCAGACUGUUUUGGCCCCUGCCAUAUUUGAGAGAUCCCGGUAUAGCUUUUCUGUUCCAGAAGAUGCUCCUGAAGACAGCGUGAUUGGCACUGUAAAGGCCAGAGAGCCUCCAAAUUCUCUAGAAGUGAUUUCUUACAGAAUUUGCUCCGGUGAUCCGCAUGGGAAGUUCUCUAUCGACCCCCAGUUUGGCAUUAUCCGCACCAAGAAACAGCUUGACCAUGAAGCUCAGUCUGUUGUGGUGCUCACUGUUCAAUCUCAGCUGGGUGACUCCCCCAUCUACAGCAGCACUCAAGUCAACAUAUUUGUGACAGACAUCAAUGACAACCCCCCUGUAUUUCUUUCCAAAUCUGAUAAGGUAACCAUCUCACAUACCCAGCCUCCUGGCACUGCUGUCUACAUUGCUCAUGCAGAAGACAAAGACAGUGGCCUAAAUGGGGCAAUCAAAUACAGUAUUGCAAGCAAGCAGUCAGAUGCAUUUAGCAUUGAUCCAAGUCUCGGAGUGGUAAACCUUACCAGGAGAGUGGUGGCGGAAAAGCAGCAGGAAUAUACUCUACACAUAGCAGCCGAAGAUGGCGGGAGUCCUCCUCUGACUUCCUUGCUGAUGUUGACAGUGGUUAUUGAAGAGCAGAAGAUGGGCCCUACUUUGGUCUUCCAAAGCUUGGUAUAUCAAGUAGAAGUCAGUGAAGCUACAUCUCCAGGUGCCCAAAUCCUUCAGGUUCAAGCCCACUCCCUUGAUACACACAGUGAUACCUCCAAUCUGACAUAUUCCUUAGAGCCUAGCACUGAUUCCGUUGCAUUUGGAAUCAGCUCUGAUACUGGCUGGAUUUAUCUUCGGAAACACUUGAACUAUGAAUGCGCACAGAUGCUGAGUUUUAGAGCCUUGGUCAGCACGUCUGAGGAUGCAAACCUUAGGCAAAAUGGAAGUACAUCUAUAGUAGUUAACGUCCUGGAUGAAAAUGAUCAUUCUCCCAUGUUUUUGCGUGAGAGCUACUUCUUUGAAAUUGAAGAAAAUCCGAUUCCCAGUGGUGUGGUUGGCACCAUUAGAGCUGUUGACAAAGACUCAGGAAGAAAUGGACAGCUUUCCUAUUUCCUCUUGUCUGAUGGAAAGUAUUUCAAGAUGAAUUCCAACACAGGUGAAAUAAUAAACUGGGUGGCGCUGGACCAUGAGGAGCAGGCGCACCACGAGCUGCGGGUGCUGGUGAUGGAUGCGGGGCGGCCCCGGCGCAGCGCCACGGCCGCCGUGCACAUCGCAGUGCGCGACCGCAAUGAUCACGCGCCGCGCUUCCCACAGGGGGCACUGCGCCGACAGGUUUUGGAAGGCCAGCCAUCGGGGACACUUGUUGCCACCAUCUUUGCAAAAGACUUUGAUUCUGGAAACAACAGUGUUGUCUUAUAUUCAAUAGAAUCAGAAGAGGAUAUAGGAUACUUCCAGAUUGAUGCUGUCAGUGGAGAGUUAAGAACAACCCGGCCUCUGUCAUAUGCUGAGAGAUCUGACUACAGAAUGAUGGUGAUAGCCAAGGACCAGGGGAUGCCUUCGCUUCAAGGCCAUGCUGCUGUUUACAUCCAGGUGAUCCCACUUCCCAACGGGAGACCUGGCUUCUUUCAGAACUUCAAGCACUUUGUCCUACCUGAAAAUUUUAAACCUGCACAAGUGUUGGAUUCUCUGAAGGCAUUGAGUAACCAUCUAGCACUUAACAGGAAACUGCAUUUCAGUAUUGCUAAGGAUUAUAAUGUUCAUUUUGAAGUAGACAGCAUAACAGGAGACCUUUAUCUUUCCAAGGAGCUCGACUAUGAAACAGAUUCACACUUUCUUUUGCAAGUUAUUAUAAAGGAUUAUAAUAAUCCUCCACAAAAUAGCACCGUCUUCCUAAGUAUUGAUGUGGAAGAUAAAAAUGAUCAUUCUCCACAUUUUCAAGAUGACUUUGUAGUGAUUGGCAUAGAAGAAAAUGUACCUGUUGGCACUCUAGUUUACACAUUCAAUGCAAAGGAUGGAGAUGGCGGUUUUCUGAACAGCAAAAUAGAGUAUUCCUUAGAAAUAAGUAACACAGGUGAAAAUCCAUUUCUUAUUCACCCUUUGUAUGGCACCUUGACCACAGCUUCUCCACUGGACAGGGAGAUUACUCGUUCUGUGAUCUUGACGGUGUUUGCAGAAGAUCAGGCAAUAAACCUGACUGAUCGUCAGCUGGAUUCCUUGGCUGUCAAAAUUGUUAUUUUAGAUAUCAAUGACAACAGUCCCAGUUUUACGUCUUCACCUCUUUCCUAUGUCAUGGAGGAUGUGGAGGUGGGCUUCCUUGUACACCACAUAGUUGCAAAGGAUCCUGAUGAGGGAACAAAUGGACAGGUUACUUAUCACAUUCUUUCAGGCAAUGAAAACAAAGCAUUUGUACUGGAUAAAAUCACAGGACUCUUAACUACAGCCCAGUUUCUAGACCGUGAGGUUCAGGAGCGCUACAGUUUGACUGUCAUGGCUCUUGAUGACGGCAGCCCAGCUCUCUCUGCCACACAAGUUCUAACCAUCAUUGUUCUUGAUGUGAAUGAUGAAGCCCCGGGAUUCCUGCAGCAACUUUAUGAGACUGCAGUUCCUGAAAACCGAGAUCCAGGGGAGUUUGUCAUAAGAGUAGAGGCAGUGGACCGAGAUGCAGGGCUGAAUUCCUUGCUUCAGUAUGAAAUCUUACCAGGAGCUGGUUAUGAGCAAUUCAAGAUGAACUCGGACAGUGGAGAGCUCGUAACAGCUGCAUCAUUGGACAGGGAAACCCAGGAGGUUUUCAGUAUUAAAGUUUUGGUUCGGGACAGUGGAACUCCAUCGCUGUCAAGCACAGUGACAGUAAUCUGCACCGUGCUGGAUGAAAAUGAUCACUCUCCCACAUUUCUUCUUCCUCCCUCUGAGAUAUUUAUUCCAGAGAACCAACAGCUUUCUGUUGUUUACAUUAUCCGGGCUGUAGAUAUGGAUGCUGGCAAUAAUGGAGCUCUAAGAUACAAAAUAACUGGUGGAAAUGUUGGAGAAUACUUCACACUAAAUAACACAUCAGGCAAGCUGCUGGUCACUCGUAGCUUAGACAGAGAAGACAUCAGCAAUUUCACUCUUGUAAUUGAGUGCCAUGACCUAGGCAGUCCCUUGAGAAGCUCCACUGCACAGCUCUAUCUAACAGUCUUGGAUGAAAAUGAUCACAGCCCCUUGUUUGCGAAGACCCAGUAUCAAAUCUCUGUGACAGAAGACCUGGAGGAAGGCUCAGCCAUCCUGGACCUGUCUGCUUCUGAUGAAGACGCUGGCCCGAAUGGUGAAGUUAUGUACUCCCUUAUUGAUGACACCUAUGGAGCAUUUGCCAUCAAUAGUGCCACAGGAUCCAUUGUUACUACAAAGGCACUGGACAGGGAGACCAAGUCCCAGUACACUUUUAGGGCUGUGGCAAGUGACUGUAGCCCCCAUUUUCCGAGGAGCACCACUGUCAGUGUUGUGGUGCAUGUUAAUGAUGCCAAUGACAACAAUCCUGUCUUUUUGCAGAAUCCUAUCGGGGUCUUUGUGCCUGCUGAAACUGCGGUGAAUGAGACAGUUGCCACUGUGAGAGCAGAGGAUGUGGAUCUGGGAUCAAAUGGAGCUGUUGUUUUUAAUUUGAUGAUGGCAGAAACUGUAUUUCAGGUCGAUGUGAAGACAGGUGACAUCAUUCUUCGGGAGCCCUUGGCUUCCAAGGGCUUCAGUACCCAGCUGCUAGUGACAGCUUCAGAUCAAGGCAUCACACCUCGAACAGCCACAGCUGUGGUCAUUAUCUUUACAGAAGAGCAAGAGGAGGUGAUCUCAUUCAGCCACAGCCUGUACGAAGCAAGUGUGCCUGAGAACAGUGCAGCAGGUACAUCACUUCUAACAGUAGAAGCCUAUGAACACAAAUUAACAGAAGACAUAAAAUAUAGCAUCUUCAAUGACCAGGAAGUAUUCUCCAUACACCCUGUCACAGGCACAAUCACAGUAAAAGACCCAAAGUACCUUGAUUAUGAAGAUAAACGUAAAAUACAUCUUACAGUUGUGGCUGAAAAUAGCUUCCGUUCAGUGUUCUGUGGAGUGACAGUUUUGAUUCAAGAUGUGAAUGACAAUACACCUAAAUUUGAGCAAAGCUAUUACAAAGCAUCAAUAUGGGAAGGCCAGAGUCCUAAAACAGACAUCAUACAGGUAUUUGCAACUGACCUUGACAGUGGGCUGAAUGGAGAAACCGAAUACUCAAUUGUAUCUGGUAAUGAAAAUGCGACAUUUCUAAUUGAUUCAGCACGAGGAAUUCUAGCAACUAAUACAGGCCUAGAUUAUGAAAACGCUUCAUCUUACAGGUUGGUUGUACAAGCUGCUGAUAAAGGAAACCCCAGACUCUCUGCUACAACUAUUGUGAGGAUACAAGUGUUAGAUGUUAAUGACAAUGCUCCAGUUGUCCAACCACUAGGUGAAGUGGAGGUCCCAGAAAAUGCCCUGCCUGGUUUUAUAGUGACUCAAGUGUCAGCAAGUGAUGCAGACUCCAGGCCAGCACUUCAGUUUGGUUUUAUUUAUGAUAAGAGUCCUGAAAUGAAAUUUGCCAUCGAUCAGCAUACUGGUGUCAUCAUAGUGGUGGAACCAUUAGAUUUUGAAGAAACUGCUGUGUAUACUCUGCAUAUCAUAGUUUCAGAUUCUGUGCAUCAAACAGAAGCAGAACUCACCAUCCUUGUUUUGGACAUCAAUGAUAACCCUCCAGUGUUUAUUCAAGAUUUUUAUCAGGUGAACUUGCCAGAGCUCAUUUCUAUGAAUGCUACUCUUCUGACACUGUCUGCCAUAGAUAGGGAUUCUGAACAUAAUGGAAUGAUUUCCUACAAAAUCCUCUCUUCCUGUGAGGGAUUUUCCAUUGAUCACAAGAAUGGUUCACUGUUUUCCACGGAACUAAUUAUGCAGCUGAAAAAUAUUUCCAUUAUUCAUCUCCUGAUAGAGGCCACAGAUGGUGGCAGUCCCCCUCUGAGUGCAGUUACCUCCAUAGAGGUGCGCAUAGAAGAUGUCAAUAACUGUGCCCCUCGCUUCACAAAGGCUCUGUACAAUCUCAGUGUGUGUGAGAAUGCCUCAGUUGGAGAAAGUGUCCUCCUGUUCUCAGCCAUUGACUGCGACUGGACACGUGACAACACGUUUGUUGAAUAUUCUAUUAUUGGUGGCAAUGCUGAGAAUUUGUUCUCCGUAGAAACAAGUGUCAUUGGGUCAGAAACAUCCUACAGACUUGUCGGCAGUCUUGUUUUGAGCAGUGCUCUUGACAGGGAAACAGCUGCUUCUCACCAGUUGGUUCUCCUUGCCUCUGAUCGUGGAACACCCUCCUUGAAUUCAACUGCUACAGUGCUAAUAACUGUGCUGGAUAUUAAUGAUAACCCUCCAGUAUUUAGCAGCCCAGAGUAUCAUGUUCAUGUCAAAGAAAGCAUCCCCAUAGACAGUCAUAUCACGGAAGUUUCAGCAGAAGACCGUGAUGCAGGCACUAAUGCAGAAAUCACUUAUGCUAUCAUCUCUGGAAAUGACAGAGGGCAUUUUUACUUGGAUGGUAGAACAGGAUCUGUAAAUUUGACAAAAACGCUGGAUUAUGAGGAUGCCAUGAAAUUCACUUUGGUUAUCCAAGCCACAGAUGGAGGAACUGAUGUAAAAAAUAUGGCUUUUGCUGUCAUUCUUGUUAGUGUCCUAGAUGACAAUGAUUAUGCCCCGCUUUUUUUGUUUCCCAGUCUGAGCUGCACUGUCAGUGAAAAUCUGCCUACCUUUUCUUUUGUGUGUGCUGUUUGUGCAUUGGAUUUUGAUAAAGGCUCCUAUGGGCACCUUACCUACUCCAUUCAGUCUUCAUGUUUGACUCAUCGUGAAGCUGCUAGAGACCAUGACAUGUUCUUCAUUGAUCCUUUAACAGGAGAUAUUCAUACAAAGCAAAUGUUUGACUAUGAAAGUCAAAAUAGGUACUGUCUCAUAAUCCAAGCAAAAGACAAAGGCGAUGCACUGGCUACCACUACAGUUCAGGUAGAUAUUGAGGGGAGAGAUGAAUUUGAUCCAGUGUUUACACAAGAACAUUAUUUCUUUAAUCUUCCUGAGAAGAAUGAAGCAGGCCAGUUGAUUGGUAGAGUGACAGCAUCAGACAGUGAUGGUGGACUGGAUGGAGUUGUUCAUUACUCCCUUCUAAAACCUUCUCCAUUCUUUUCUGUGAAUCAAACCAGUGGCAAUAUUUAUUUGACUCAGACUGUUCACAGAAGGAAAAAUGGCAUCAAAAGGAAUGAUGAUACUCUGAAAUUGUUGGUAAGAGCUCAUAGCCCUAAAGUUUUGUCAAGGUUCACAGCAUGCACUGUUUUUGUGAAUGUUUCCAAUUCUCCUGAGAGUGAUCCCACAGUGUCAGCACACAGCCUGACAGUGAGUGUUUCCAUCUCACUGAUGGUGUUUCUGCUGCUUGCCAUCACUCUCAUCAUGCUUACUCUGAGACUUAAGCAGAAAGAUCUGAUGAAUGCUUGUGUGAAAAGAAACCCAGUAUCCUCCUCAGCUGCUGAUGUGAAUUCAAUAAGAGAAGACGAGGACUGCCAGAAAAUCCAAAGUACAGAGAGCAGUAUGCUUCCCAUGGGUGCUAUAGCAAAAUGGCUGAGCCUAGCAGGACUUGGAGAGGGGAAAGAUGAUGAUGUCUCCUGCAGGCAUUCAGACUCUAGUGGCCAUGGUUCUGCUGAAGGAGAGGCUGCAGAGGACGAGGAAAUCAAACGGAUCUAUGAGUGUCCUUGCAGAAAAAGCAUUGGCUCAGCACUGAGCGAGCACGGCUCGCAGAUGCCAGAUUCGGGGAUCCCAAGGCAGUCUGAUCAGUUCUCCUAUCAUUCUGGAGAAACAGAUGUCACAGCUACCAUGCAAAGCAUGGAGAAUGUGAAGACCAUUAAAGGAGAAAGCAGAGAAGAAGCCUGUGACACAGCCCAUGCACACAAAAUCUUGUCUCAAAAACUUACGGAAAUUGGGAUAAAAGAGGAAGGCACAAUGACAGACCUCACAAGAGACUAUGUCCUCAUGCCAGAUAGGAAAGACUCUGGGCAUGAUUUGCUUGCAACUGUUGGCACCUCAGAUGAGGGUCUCAGAGGUGGUUAUAACUGGGAUUAUGUGCUCAGCUGUGAACCCAGAUUUCAACCUCUUGCCUCAGUGUUCAAUGAUAUUGCAGAACUGAAAGAUGAAAAUGUUCAUAUUCACAGCUUCUCUCAGGAGAAGAAAUCUCUUGUUUUCCCUCCUCCCUUGAUAACAUCAGUAGCACAGCCUGGCAUAAGGACAGUGCCACCAAGAAUGCCAAAUAUAACAUCAGGGCAAGCUUUUAAUAAAUGCCCUUAUUCUCCCAUUAUCCAUUAUCAUGGAUACCCUCCACCAACCAUGACCCCCAGGUUUUCUCCUACUCUCUCUUUACUUACCAUGCAGACACCUUCUGCUUCUCCAGUAAUGUCUGAUGGGAAAAUGAUAGGAACAUGUCUUAUUGAUCCAAGCUACGAACUUGCAACAGAAGAAGAAAUUCAGGUCUAGGUUAUUAACUGACAGUAUUUUAUGGUAAAAAAUAUGGCUUAAAAUGUAUUUUGUUACUUUUUAACAGCAAAAUAUGCCUGUCAGAGCUUCAUCACCAGUAUUCUUUCUGUUUUCAUGAGCCUAAAAAGUUAAAAUAUAAAGUAGUCAGAAAUUUGGUAACUAUACUUCUUGUUCUUCCCAGAAUACACUGUGAGACCACGAGGCUUCUCUUUCAGUUCACAACUGUGGUUUCUAUGUAAAACACGCAAC